ACGUGUAAAAUCAAACCUGCCUUUUUAAUACUGUCAAGGCAGCCUCUAGAAAGCUCUCACCUAACUUUACUACAACUACUUAAUUUUUCUUCAUUUCUGGCCCGUCGGACAUCAACGCUGGUACUUUGAGUUUGACACAAUUUACAGAUAAAUUCUUGAUGAAUUUCUAACACUUUCAUUUCCUACGUACAUUAUCUCAUCAUGAACGCGACUGAGCCGACCCCGAACACUCCCUGGCCGAGCCCUAGGGACCCAAACCGCAAGGAUGAAUGGGAGGACUGGGAGGAUUCGGACGAAGAGGGACAGGUGACCAUAGAUGAUAAGGAUGGGCUUCUCAUCGAUCUUUCCGAUGAGGCGAAACACAAAUCAAGUCGACCUGGUGCUGCUCAGGGAAUUCCACGCAAUCUAUUACGGUACUCGGUUCAAAAACCGGUUCGCGUGAAGUCCAAAGCUAGACAGAAGGCGCAAAACGCAAAAGCCGGUAUAUCACUUGUGACGGACAUGACAAAAUUCCGCCAAUCAAAGCAACGCGCGAAGUUCGUUAAUCCUACCACUCUUCAGGCUUUAGAAGGAGAGCCGUCCUCUGCUUCAAUAGGCAGUUUUUCAUGGCUUAAGCAAAGGCCCGGGAAUGCCAGCGGUAUCAAGGCAGGCAACAAAUCUGUACAACGGUCUUCAGACCUUUCUCCAGUAGCUAGGCCAAUCGUCAUUGGAAUAUCGGUACCUUCGGACAACCUCUCUGACCAUCAAGUCAGCCCACAAACGGCCGUCAUCGAGACGCCCACAGACUUUCCUAAAUUCCCCCCUAAAUCAACUACGACCGCCGCCAAUCCUUCAACCCUUACACCCCACCAACUGCGCUCUGUUUGGUCACCAGACACGGAAGCAAGCGAAUCUCCGUACCAGGCUUCUAGAGCAGCUUCAAGUCUCUAUUCCCAGCCAAGUUUAUAUGGUGGCCCGAGACCGGAUACCGAUGUACCUCCUGUACCCGCCUUGCCAACGACUUUCGGGUCCAAAGAGAGGCAGACUGUGGUGAUUGCGGAUCUCGAAGAUGACGACGAUCUUGGAACGCCUUGUACUCUUUUUGAAGAAGAUGGAAGUCCUACGAUGACUCGCAAGUCGGUAAAACCUAAGGCAGCGAUAGUUAGCCCUGAAAGUGCUGGUAGCCGAUCUCAUGGUUGGUGGGAUCAUGUUACAACUCCUUUCAUACAACAGACCAACAACCCCUUUAAGCAACAAGCACAAGAAACGGGAUCCAGUCCUUCCUCGCAGCAAUGGAACCCGUUUAAGAAUCAAACACAAGAGACCGGGUCCAGCCCUUCACAACUUACAGCAGUUCCUCAUCAGUGGUGGGCUGGAGCUAGUGAGAAGGGUAGCCCUUCCCAGCUAAACCCACCAGCACAGCAAGUACAGCAGGCCACUCCUAGCCCUUUACAAUCUACAACAGGUGUUCGUGAGUGGUGGAAUGGGACUAAUGAGAAAGAUGGGCCGUCAUCCAACACUCCAGCUCAGGCUAGGAGCACCCCCGUCGUUCUCCAACAACAAUAUAUAGCCCAGUCAGCGGGUUCUUCGUCUCGCGAAACGUCACCAGAACGCAGAGAAACACGAUCCGAGAAAGCAAGGAUUCUUUUGGAGGAGAACCAACAAUCGAAUGAAGAACCGCCUCCGUACUCACCUCCCAAGCCAGCGCGAGAGCCUCAAGUCAAAUAUGGCGUCAUACUGCCGCCUCCGGUUGUAAUCAACUCUCAAAGGGUCCCGUCCCCUGGUCCAGUGACUCCGGGCUUGGCGGGAACGAUGACAUCUCAAGGGGCUAUAAAUAUGGCGGACAUACCCUUAACACCACACAAUCUUCAACCUGUGCAGGCUGCAGUACUUCCUGAUCGCGCACCCGGUUCCUUCACACCUGGUGACCAUUUCUACGAAGUCCGAGGACAGGCCAACCGCACUGAAAGGCAACGGCGCCGUCACGAGAAAGAAGAGGUAAUUGCUAGAAAAGCUGGCGGGUUCUGGAGAGGGCGGGGCUGCAUGCCUAAAAAUGGUUGCUUCGGGCGGAGCGGUCGCGAGGGCAGAAAGAGAAGGCGGAUUUGUCUAUGCGUUAUCGCUGGUUUGAUCGCUGCGAUCAUCCUUGCCGUCGUCCUAGCUGUUGUUCUUACACGACGACCUCGACCUCAAGAGAAUCCGGCUCCUUCAAUCUGGCUCAAUUUGACAGAUUUCCCGCCGAUGCCGACUGGCGUCUUGACGGUUUCUGGGCCGGACAAUUCACUAGCGAGGACUGGCUGUUUCGUUGGCACAUCAGAUACCGCUUGGUCUUGUGCUUUGCCGAAAGAGGAGCACGCAUCUGUAGCUCCCAAUGCUCCUAACCAGCCUGAGUUCAUCUUCCAGAUCCAAUAUGACAACGGCACUAGGGCUCUUUGGAACGUUACGGAAGAAAAUGAUGGAGACCAACCUACCCUAUUCGACUCAGGCUUCAAUCCAAACCCACAGCCACCCUCCAUCGCGGAAAUUCGAUUCCUGGGCAACACGACCGAUCACAUCCAGUCAGAUAACAAGGCCGGAGAACCGACGCCUUUUUUUAUUAGUACUUUGACAGACGUCAACAAGACAGUUGGCGCUAACAUGCUCACUCGUCGACAAGGAGCUAAUAACGCCAUUGGCGUAGCUGGUGACGAUGGCUUUAAUCUGACGGAUAUACUUCCUCCCCCACAACUGAACGGUGACGGCACGGGUGCGCCGGCCCAACUAUUCCCGCAUUCCGUCCAGCAACCUAUCCGUCUGUUUGACCGUGGCCUGCCCACCGAACACUACGGCUUUUACACCUAUUUCGACAAGACGAUUUACAUGGUAGACACAGUGAAGGUAAACGCCGCGGACGACGACGGUGGUUCGACCGAGGCCAGCGCCAAGUCCUUAGUGACAUUCGCCCAGACCCGUUUCCUCGUGCAGAUCUGGACACGCAUGGAGAACACGACACAACUUCUCGGUGAUACCGGCGCUGCUGUUCCCUGGACAAACGGCACGUCCGCCACCACCACCCCUGGAACCAUGCCGUACCCGGUCACCAUCACAGAGGACAUGCACGGCGGUGACAGCAACAAGAAGAUUGACUACCGCUACGGGGUUCUGAAGAAUCAAGCUAUCAACACCACAGAUGCUCAGCUUAUCAUCGUUAACCGCGCGUUUGCGGGCACACUGGUCAACGGCAUGAACAACAGCCCCAACACCUCCAUGGGAGGCAUCGAUGGCGGCACCGGAGGCUGCAAGUGCGAAUGGAUCAAUUUUAAGGGGCUGAGCAAGGUUACGACAUAAUUCGCGCUAUGAAGAAUACGGGAAUACGUACACACUCUCUCAUAAACUCAUUUCAUUAUUGAGAUGCCAUUAUGGAUACACUUGGUACAAGCAUCGGAGGCGUUUACGGAUCGCAUGAUUGAUUUAGCGGAAGACAAAAAGAAUUGGCGUACGGUCAUGAUUUUUC